UGAACACUCAUAUAACCUGUAGAAAUUAAAGAUAGCAUAAUCCAGCUAAAUAUAGGUUAGAAAUUUGUGAUACAUUAAUCAGAACAUAUAGAGGAACAAUUUGUUUUCAGAUGAAACGCACAAAAAGGCCUGCAAAACGGCGAGGCGGCAAAAUCUGGAAACACUUUUUAGCAACACGAGCGUCAUACCGUUCCGAUGGAAAUGGAACUCCAUUACUUGUUGCUAUUGUAGUUCUAAAGGGCUUCUGUGUGACGAGCUCAUUAAACACACUAAAUCGCACGAUAAGAACGAUAUUAAAGACUUUUUAGCCAAAUUACGGUCAAAAGUCGAGCUUAAAAUUGACGUCUCAGAUACGAGCUGUGAACUUUGCGAUGAAAACUUUCCCAAUCUGGACAAUCUUGUAAAUCAUCUUGUAACGAAGCAUGAUUUGAAAUACAACAGACAGGUUGAAAUGUAUGUUGAACAAUUCAAAUUAAUAGACCUUAGCUGUCCACUAUGUAAAGAAAAUUUUACUGAAAUGGAAAUACUUAACGCUCACGUAACUUCGCAUUCAAACAAUUUGCAAUGUGAAUUGUGUUCAGAAAUGUUUAGUAAGAAAAAAGGCUUGAAGUUACAUAAGCAACUAGUUCAUACACAUGAUUAUAAUAAAUACGACGAGCCAAUAGACAUUAAAGAAGAACCAGAUGUCAUUGAAGCUAAAGUGAAAACAUUUGAUCCCGACGCGGUAGAAAAGAAAAGGAUAGCCAAGCUCAGACGACAGAACAUUGCCUGUGUCUUAAACAUGUCCACGGCUACACCUUUCAAAUACUAUAUGAAUAGGUUUCGUUGUUUCUAUUGCUCAAAAAACCAUCCAGAAUUUGAACCAAUCAAGACUCACACUCUAACUAAACAUACCUACUGCGACCCUGAGGGGAUAGCCAUGAAAUCCAUUAAAGGGAAAGAUGCUAUAGUCAAAGUAGAUAUUAGUUCUUUAGCCUGCAAGUUGUGCUGCAUGUCAAUUAGUGACCUAGACGCUCUAUCAGACCAUUUAGUAUCAAAUCACCAUACGAAACACGAUAAAUUGAUGAUGGACAUAGUCCAACCAUUUAAGAUAGCUAAGGACAACAUGGCUUGUCCGCUCUGCCCAAACGUAGCUUUUAGGUACUUUGUUAAACUUUUAGAACACAUGAACGAAAGCCAUUCUAAUAACAACGUGAUAUGCGUUUACUGCGGCCAAGCGUUUAGGAGUACGCCGUCCUAUAGAGGUCACCUAGCGAGGUAUCACAGGCCGAACUCUUGUAAAUGUCCCGACUGCGAUCUAGUGUUUCCUAACCCGCCUAAACUUACAACGCAUAGAGCAAACGCUCACGGGGCUAAAGCUUUCAAAUGCUCCAAAUGCAGCGAGAGAUUCGCCACUCAGUAUCUCAGGCAGAAACAUCUCAUAGACGCCCACGGCUCGGGGCACAAAUGCUCUUUCUGUGACAGAAUGUUCGCUAGGAACUCCUACAUGAAAGACCAUAUCAGGAAACUACAUUUGAAGGAAAAGAACGUGGAAUGCUCAGUAUGUAAGGAAAAGUUCUUCGAUAAGACGAGACUGAAUAUACAUAUGGUGAAACAUAUCGGGGAGAGGAAUUAUCAUUGUGAUAUAUGUGGAAAAACUUUUCUUUGGAAGAAAAAUUUAAGAGGCCAUAUGUCUUCGCACAAACGGAGCGCUUAGUUUUCCGUCAAUU